UCGCCAGUUGCGCCAUGCACUAACGCGUUGUAUUCCGGUCUUUCUUCCUUUAUCGCUUGACUUCAAUCAUCCAGUUUAUUUUCCCUCUUUCUUUGCGAUCCCUUCCGCGAGUGCCGAUUGACGAUACGAUGACACGCAUCCCCGACACAGAUCCCGACGAUGAAGCGACCCAGCCUUUUUCUUCGCCUGGUGGCGGUAGUCUAUGGGAUGGCGGCCAUGUGGUUGAGUGGAUGGAACUGUUUACUGCUUUCCCCUCCAGUGCAACAAUUCUUGUCAUAUCCAGCCGGUCACUGACCUUUGAUAGCCCAAGCCACUACUAUCAGCCUUCAGAUCAUGACGCUCCCCCUUCGCAUGACUCACGCAAUGCCGCUGAUGUCGGCGAUGACAAUGCCAUGAUCUCCGCCAGACCUGAAGAAAAGACGCAGGCUUCAGAGAUCAACAUAUCCUGCUUGAAGAACAAAGUGACGUGGAGGGAUGUGGACGACCGAGCGCAACACAGCGAUCACGUCAACCUUGAUAUGUACUCGGAUGCUUCGACCAACACGGCGAUGUUCAAAUUGCACUGCGACGUCCGUUUCAAAGGCACCAAAGGCAACAAAAGCAACAAAAUCCAUACUGUUUAUUUGUUUAUAUACCCUGAGACAAUUCGGACUCUCACGUUGAAGUCCAACGUUGAUUUGCUUGCUCCCUCCUAUUCCCUUCAGUUCUCUUUGACGCGACCUCCGUCUCUGAUCGUACCAGCCAACAACGUCCUACAAUGUAAGCCGCAGAUCAAAGGUCUGUUUGGUUUGAUGCACUCUCUGGCCGAAGUCACCGCUUUCACCAUCCAGUUGAAUCACUCGCUCAUGACUAUGCCAAUACUACCACCCUUGGAGCGAAUCGUCCAUCUCUUCUCAGCUCCUACAGAUCGUCCGCGCUCAAAUGUGAGAUAUGCCAGCAUUGCCACCUUGUACGGUGGCAGGGGAGGCAAGAUCCUUGACGUCAAGGCGGCUGCCGCCAGGUCAGGAGAAGCAGACGAAGCAGAAGACACAUGCUUGCCUGCAUAUACUGCAUCGGCAAGUAGCCAAGCGUCUCUAAAACGCCAGCGCAAGGAUUCCAGUCCCAGCAGGCCGCGCUCUCCUGCACCACAUGAACGCAUGCUACUUCUUCUCGAAUCCAUGUACACAAGCAUCAGCAGAAUGGAGAGCCGGCUAGAUAGCAUGGAAGGCCGGUUAGACAGUAUGGAAGGCCGACUGCACGGUAUGGUAGGCCACUUUGGACAGUUGGACAACCGAUUAGACGGUAUGGAAAGCCGCUUCGAAGAGUUGGAAAGCAACGUGUUGGGUGCAAUCGAGUCCAACUAUAGCCCUUGUCGCUUCGGCACAGAAGAGAGAACGGAGAUCUUUGAGGAGAUACACGAGCAGAUUGAGGACUGCACACUGGGCAUGAAAUUCGACUGUGAGGAGAAGCUGAAGGAAGUCGAGUUGGAUGCCGAAAGAGCACUAGAGGAAUUGCAAGAGGAGGUAAAGGAGACGUUGGAGCAGCUGGAGGAGAGCGUAGAAGAAAACACCGAGCGGCUGGUCCAGCAGGGUUUACGGACCAAGCUUGAAAAUGCAAGCUUGCGGUUCGAUGGCACUGUAUUUCUCGACACUUAGAAGGCGAAGAGGAGACUACGCCUGAAGCAGAUGAAUGAGCUAUGCCAUAGACUAUGAAGCAGACGUACUCGGC